GGCAUCUGCUCGAGUACCAAAAGCACCCCCUGCUGGUGGCACACAAAACUCUAACCUACCGAUUGCAAGCAGACACGAUGGUGGACGCUCAAAAACUGUUAUUAGUUCACCAGUAGGACUGCAAACAUUACGACGUAAUAUGUCUAUCACUCAAACUACAGUUGAAACACCAGUUUCAUUUUAUACUAAAGCUAAAGAUUAUUGGAGUCAUGUUUCACCAACUGUUGAUGGCAUGUUAUCUGGUUAUACUUCAUUGAAUGUACCAGAUAUAACCGAUUCGGAAGCAUUUCUUGAUGAAUUUGGACCAAGUACAACUGCUUAUGCACUGGAUUGUGGUGCAGGUAUUGGACGUGUUACUAAACAGUUAUUACUACCUCGUUUCUCUAUUGUUGAUAUGGUUGAAUUGACACAGUCAUUUCUUGAUCAAACAGAAGAAUACAUUGGUCCAACAGAUUUUCCAAGGGUUGGUGAACGAUUUUGCAUGGGUUUACAAGAAUUCACACCACCAACUGGACGAUAUGAUUUAAUCUGGAUUCAAUGGGUGCUGGGACAUUUAUCCGAUUUAGCCUUAUUAGCAUUUUUAAAACGUUGUGCACAUGGUCUAUCACCCGGUGGAGUAAUUGUCAUUAAAGAGAAUGUUACAUCAACUGGUGGACAUGAUGAAAAUGCAGUGAAUAAUUCGACUGAAGUAAAUUUUGAUGAAAUUGACAGUAGUUAUACACGACCACGUUCUGCAUAUAUUAAAGUGUUUAAAGAUGCUGGUUUAAAGUUAAUCGGUGAAAAAGCACAAACCAAUUUCCCAUUAUCUUUGUAUCCAGUAAGAAUGUUUGCUGUCUGCUGUGAUGGAACACCGAAAGCAUCACCGACAUCAUUGGUUGCACCACCGUCAUCAGCAGUGUUAAGCGGUUAAAUUCACAUAUUCUAUAUACAUAUGUUUUUUGUUUGAAAUAUACAUUUUCAAGUUCAAUUUGUUUUUUUUUUUGAAGUAAAAAAGGAUUAAUCUUUUUUAAAAAAUCGAUGCGCGCUUUUUUCAAAUAUACAUAUGUUUAUUAAUCUUCGUGUUAACUGCUGAAGAAAACUGUUCAUAUAUUACAGAUCUUAUAUUUUUGAUGUUUCAGUGUACAUGAUGUAAUAAAGAUGUACUGUAUGUGUGUGUAUUUGUAUUGUAUUUUAUUAGUAGAAAAUUAUUUUUUUAUGAAGACAAUGUGUAUUCCUUUUUUGAUGCGAUAAUUCUUAAUGGUAUUAUCCCUUCUUUUUUCCCCUCACUCUUGUAAGUUGCGUGUGUGUGUGUGUUUUCCUUCUACUCUGCGUGUAAUCACAUAAAACGAAGAGAGAACAACACAGUACUAAGUUAUGGGGGAAAUAAUGCAUGUCACUCCAAAGUAUACAAUGAAUAUUUGUUUUUUAAUUGCCUUUCUUUUCAGAUUUUGAACACAGCUGUUUUUAAAAAAUCUCCCUAUUAUCUGUGUAUUCACAGAAUGAACGUAUAUAUAUAUAUAUAUAUAUAUUGAUCUGACUGGUGUCAUCAUCACCUUCUAAUGUAAUAAUGACGAUGAUGAUAGUGAUAAUAAUAACAUUAAUAACGAGAAAAAACGUUUUGUUGUGUAUCCUGUAUUUUUGCUGUCAUUUUGAGAAUAAGAUAAAUUCAGUAUAUA